AUGGACCUCCAGUCUGACGACCUCCUCGGAUCCGAUGUAUAUCUACUCAUCUCGAAAUGCCCAUCAAAUUGGAAAGAUAGCAAUCUCAAACAACGACUAUCAUCGAAAUUAGUCGAUUUGCUAAAAAAUACAUUCGCCCCUCCUUCGGACGACCCGGACUUGCAGCUUACUCAGUUGUUCUCUAUUCUAGUAAAAAGCGCGCUUCGCCAUACUAAAAAAUCAACAUCGGGAUCUCUUAGUGCAGCGGAUCUUCAAAUUUUUCUAAGUGAAUCAGUUUCUUCACUGGCAGAUGAGGAAAUCAAUGCACGCGUCUCUGAGUUGCUCGCCGACACUAUCUGGUCGAUCGAUUCUGAGUUUGAAGCCCAACACAGUAGUUUAGAAGAACAGAUCAAGGCCUUGAAUGUGAAAUCGACUCAACUUCCCAUCGGAUCGACUGACGUUGAUAGUUCCAACGAUGCCCCUCAGCCUAGUACCGACGCGACUUCAAGAAAAAUGAAGCUUGAAUCUCUAUCUCGAUCACGCAAGACAUUGAUUCAGCUGGCAAUUGCUCUCCUCCAGCCUGAUGAGAAGGGCUUCGUUGCUCUUCAACCUGCACAUUGUCGGCUGAGCUGGGAGUACGGAUUUCUAUAUGACACAGGCUUGAUCCCCUUCCCAGCUGAAUUGGUUGCUAAACAGGCCACUCGUAUCAAUACUGGCCUUCAUUACAAACAACAGCGUUUCAACCUGCUUCGUGAAGAAUCUGAAGGUUACUCUCAUCUCGCUACAGAAUUGAUAUCCGCCAUGGGACCUGGUCUCGCCCCGCAUCUAGUACCCGCUGACUCAGGUCAAGGCGAUUCGACAAGUUAUCCGCACCUUCGGUCAGUUUUACUACCUGGCGAAACUCCGCAAAUCAGAGAUUCACGGAUUGAAAAAGUCUCAAACAACAUCAAAGCCAUGAUUGGGUUUUUCGAUCUGGAUCCCAAUCGCACACUCGACAUAAUUCUCGAUGUAUUUUGCUACAACGUGAUUUCACAUUACCCCUUUUUCUGCUCACUUUUGAAGAAAAGCCACUGGAUGCAGACCGGUGAUUGGAAUUCGGUCAUUGAUGACGAGCAAAUUCUUCCUGCCGAUGGCACUUUGCCACCUCAACAGGGCUCGAGGCUCAUCGCGUCACUCCUGGGGUUCAAAUUUACACAUUAUCAACAGAGUGAUUCAGCCGAUUCAACCCCCGAUGAGCUCUACUUGAUGACUGCUGUAUUAAUCUGGCAUAAGAUUGUAAAGCUACGUGAUAUACUUCCACAUCUUUCUCCUGAUCUGCAAACUAUCAAGCAACACGAGUCAAACUGGCGGCAAGAGGUCACGACCAAAGCUUUAAACGCUGGACCUCAAAAUGCUCUCAGCAUGGCCGGCGCGCUCGAUAACAGUGGCCUGAUGGGGUCUUAUUCCAAGAUGACUGCCACCAAAAUUCCCGAGGGUGCAUCGGCUACUACAUCCGUCAAAUCCAAAUCUGCUCCUAAUCAAAAGGCUGGACUUCUAUCUGCUUUGCUCUCAAUUGGCGCCCUCCACGAAUCGAUCUUCAUGCUAUCAAUACCAAACCAUCAGUAUCUUGCUCAUCAAGACCCCAACAUCUCCGCUUUACUUUUGAGGUUAGUAGAUGUUGCCUUGGAUCCGGCCUACAGAAAAUGCGAACUAUCUGUACAGAAUAGCAAACUCUCACAAUCAAAUAUCACGCGGCCCAAGAAAAGAUACGCUGGCGGUCCUGCCCACCUACUUAUUGAUGCAGAGGUCCCCAAGUCGAUUUUAUCAGCUAAAGUAAUUCCUCGCGUUGCUAGCUUGGGUGCAACGAGUGUCAAGACAGAGCCGGUUUUCUUCUGGCCUGCAUGGAGGGAUCGUAUCCUUCGAGCUCAAAAUAGUUCGCAGGUCUUGGAUUACGUCUGGCCGCUGCUUCGUUUUGUGGGACCAUUUGGUCACAUUCACAUGGGUGUAUUUCACAAAGUCGCUACACUAACUGCUGCUGCCGUCCAAAGGCCAUCACACGAGGCAACAGGCGACCUGCGGUGGAAUCACAUCCUGAGAUGGUUCUUGCUUCCAGGAUUAUCCAUGACCCAAGGAUGUGUCGCAGCCUCGAACGUUAUAUGGAAAGUCUUACAGUCUUAUUCGUAUGAGGAGAGGUACAUGAUAUACGGCGAGUGGAAAGAUCGUAUCUACCAGCGGAUCCCCGAGCUCAAAGUCGAGCGAGUCAGAGCCGAUGCCGAGACUAAACGCGUACUCAAGACCAUGACGCUUGACAACCUCAGGGAAAAAUCUCGAGCGCUGGCCAAAUUGGCUUCGUCUAACCCUUGUAUCGUGUUUAAUGCGGCACUCAAUCAAGUCCAGACCUACGAUAACCUUAUCACUUGUGUAAUCGAAUGUCUGAGGUACCUUAACCUCUUUGCGCUCGACGUCCUAACCUAUUCAAUCGUCGAAUUCCUUUCAAACCCAGACAAAGAUCGGUCCAAGUCUGAUGGAACUAAUAUCGCUGCCUGGCUACAGAACUUGGCCAAGUUUGUUGGGAACGUCUUCAAGCGGAAUUUGAGCUUGGACCCAGCGAUUGUUUUACAAUACAUUGCCAAUCAACUUGCAACUGGCAAUGCUAAAGAUCUCAUCAUUCUACGAGACAUGAUCAGUAAGAUGGCUGGCGUGGAUGUUCUGCAAGAUCUUUCGGCUUCUCAAGUAGUGGCGCUGGGUGGAUCGAAAACUUUGAGAGCUGAAGCCAUUUCACCGACUAGCAUUGCAGUCAAGAAACCAUCGUUUUCCAAAAGCUCUAAUCGACUUAUGAGGGCCUUAACUGAAUCCGGACUGACUGUGCCCUUACUUGUCUUGGUCACCUUGCAGCGGCAAAAUGCUGUGCUGCUUGCAGAUGAAGGCGCACAUUUGAAGUAUCUCGGCGUUUUAGCUGAUAGUUGCCAACAAGUAUUAUUUCAGUACAUUGAGUUUCUGCGUAUCCAACUUACUUCUCGUAGCAUAUCUGACUACGAAAACGCCUUGCCUCCAAUGGAACUUAUGUGGGGGCAAUACCGAAAUGAUCCGGCUAUUGUUUUCCAGGUUUGGAGGCCUGUCCUGUCUGCAUCAGUUCGGCCAAGUCUGAAAAUAGGUGCCGAUGGGGAAGUAAUUAUCGACGAGAACCCAACAUCUGCAACGCCACCCAUAUCUACGGACCAGUCUGUCCAGCCAGUCAAGGCCGAACAGCCUGAAUCAACUGAUAUGGUCAAUGAGCAGGCUCAUUAUCCCACCAGCUUGCUACCAACGGUUGCGCUUGCCGAAAGGAUUUUACCUGAGCACACUUGCAAACUUGUUGGUCCCCACUUCUUCGUAACAUUCUGGCAACUUGAACUCUAUGAUAUUCGGAUGCCUGAUGAGAGGUAUAUUUCCGAGACUAAUCGCCUCAACGCGAUGUUGAGUGAUCUUGAUCGUGAUUACUCUACUGUCAUGGUUUCUUCGCUAAAGGAGCUCAAUCGCGCCAAUCGCUCCAAAAUUUUGGAAAUCCGCGCAGCGCUCACCAAGGAAAUGAAGAUUCACAUUAAACAUUAUGAGCUCACCCGAGCUCGUUUAGCAUCGGAAAAGUCAUUUUGGUUUCCUCCAUGUACUCGCAGUCCAUUUCGGGCUCAACUUCUCGAGCAUGUCAUUCAGCAUUGUUUCAAUCCGCGUGCUAAAAUCUCACCAGUCGAUGCCGCAUAUACUGCCCAGUUCAUUAAAACACUCCAUGGGCUGGGUCCAGCCUCUUUCAUGACUUUAAAGCUCCUUGAUCGUAUCUUUAGCAUGGACGUGGGCCCGACAAUAUUUCCAUGUAGUGAAUUCGAGGCCUCCAACUAUGGUCGAUUUUUGAGGGAUUUAUUACUCUUGGUCAAAAGCUGGUACGACAGUGAAAGUACGUUCAAGAAGACGGGACUCGGAAAAGAUAAGAAAGGGAAUUUUUUACCAGGAUUAAGAAUGAAGUGGGCCAAUCAAACUCCCGAAGGAAUCGCGGAAAGUGACAUGCUCUCAUACGAAAAUUUCCAGAAAGUGGUCAAAAAGUGGACGUCACUUAUGUCUACAGUUUGCAGAGACGCCAUUCAAUCAGGCGAGUACAUGUAUAUUCGCAACAGCAUUGCUCUUUUGAAAGAAUUGGAUGGUUUGGUCCCUCUUUUUCAAGAUCAGGCAACCAGUUUAGAAGCAGCCGUCACUGAACUGCUCAAGCAUGAAAAACGUGAAGAUGUCAGGGUGUUGGUCUACGGAUAUCAAUCAAUGCUGAAGCGUGCUGCGAAGAAUGUCAUCAAGCCAAACCUCCCCCAGGUCAACAGACCGGACGCUGUCGCCGCGCCAGUCAACACGGACGCCAAAACUAUACCGAUUGACAUGAAUCCAGCAUCAACAGUGUCCCCAAAGGCGAUCCCACCACUGGUAUCCAGGCCUAUGACCACCCCAUUGCCCCCACCCAAACCGGUCGUUCCCACCUCACUAUCAGAUUCACGACCUGUCCCCUCUCCUGUUUCUACUUCCAACCGCCCCGCUGGUCUUCCAGAGAGGCCCGCCACCUCGACCACAAGGCUUCCUCCACAAGUCCCACGGCACGAAGGUGAUAGAAAGCUGCCCAUUGUGCCCUCUCGUCAGAUGAGCGGCAAUGGGCCGUACCGCAAUGGAGUAGACUCGGAGUCUCAUUCACUGAUCGCUGAGGGGCCCAAGUCUCAAUUCCCUAGUGCCCCUCCUGCGCCUUCCGCCGAAGCUGCUGAAAGGGAGGCGCUCGCUCGGGCCGCUGUCCAGCGCUCCCGCAAAUUUGCAGUCACCAACCCAACCGCCCCAAGCGUUUCUUCCCCAGAUCCAUCGCAAUCCAAAGCUACAAAGGAAGAGUUACCCCGACAUACGGCUAACAAUCCAGCACACUUGAUAGAUCGCCCUUACGUACCUUCUCAAGUUCGACCAGCUGAGCCCGCGACCCGGCCUCCGAACGUCACCCCAUCUGGUCCAAAAGCCACUCGAUCAGCAAACAGCCCGUCUCGAACGAAUCGUGAAAACGAGCUGAUGCGUCCUCCAGCUUUGCCUUCUGCACCGAGGGCUGAUAACAUGCGCCGAGACAACCCACUUCCCACCAAUCCCACCACACAUCACCAUUUGCCCAGCCAUCCAGGCUCUCACGUUUCAACAUCGGCCACUGCCAGUCCCCGCACACGAGAUGACGCAGCCAAACGGCCCAACGAUGAAAAUGCAUCCCUUCGGUCUCGCGACGAGCGUGACUCGUAUGAUCGCCGGGAUGAGCGAGACCACCGGCGACUUCGUGACGAGCCACCACGUACAAGGCCUCCUAGUGUCGAGUCAAUACGUUCAAUUCGCAGUGGCCGUGACAAAGAAAAGCAACGCGCCGACAGGAGCGACCGCAGUGAAAAAAGAAAGCGAUCUCGUUCGCCGUCUGAUCGACACCGUGACCAUCGUGAGCGCGACCGAGAACGUGAUCGCGACAGGGAACGGGAUCGGGAACGAGACAAAGAGAGAGAAAAGGACCGGGAGCGUGAUCGCGAUCGCGAUCGGAAAGACCGAGACAAAGAACGCGAUAUUAGGCAUCGCGAAAAAGAAAAGGACCCCAGCCGUGACGACCGUGAUAAGGAUCGGGAGCGUGAUCGAGAGAAACGAUCCCACCGUAGAGAUCGCGACCGGGAUGAUAGGCGCCACGAGAAAGAUCGAGAUAAAGAUAAAGAGCGCGAGCUCAAACAGUCCAGUGAUGUGGUCACAGAUGAUGGCAUCAAGCGUCGGAAAGUCGUUUCUUCCGAGCCUUCACUAGUAGGCGAGGCAUCCAACCAACCAUCACAGGGGCUGUCUGAGCUGCGCAAAGACCUCGAAACCGGCCACUCUGCGAAUGGAGACGAUAUCAAUUCACGAGACGGGAACAACGACCCCAAGUCCGGCAACCUUCCCUACAAUGGCUCUAUACCAUCUGGUCCGCGUGCUCUACAGCCUAACAUGUCUCCUCGGACUCUGCGCUCUAUUCCGACCGGCCCGGCCAGCUCAUUCCCACCUGGACAUCCCGAGAACCGUUCAAAACAUUCUAGCAGUUCGGCCGAUACCACCAAUACUCAUACUGCCCAAAAUGGAUAUUCAACCAGGAACGGCUCAGGUCAAGAUCAUGCGAGGAGCCGUAAUGAAGGAGGCGAUUCCUACAAGCCGCGAGACGCUGUCCCUAGGAACCAUUCACCCGACAAGGUUUCUCGCGAACCACAUUCUCGUGAAAAUGCUAGCUCUACGAGUACACCCAGUAAACCCUCUUUACCCUCCAAUCAUCGACAAUCUGGGGAUUCUUGGAGUCCCCAUCCUUCACAACAGGCCAGCAAGAACAUGGAACCAAAGAAAAACCUCAGUAUUAGAGGUAUGGCUGGUAUGGCAGCCAAUGCUUUACAGAAAGCCAACGAGGAUAACGCGAGAAAGGAUCGAAGAGACAGCGUCGAAAUGCCUGCAACUGGAAACCGAGCUGCUCCAAUAGAUAUUGAUGGGCCGGGUGGGCCGGGCCCGAAGAAACGAGAUCGUGAUCGUGAUCGUGAUCGUGAUCGUGAUCGUGAUCGUGAUUCAACUAACAUGGCUACUACGCCUACCAGUCUUCUCUCGCGAAUGGAUGACGGGAAAGUUCAGUAUGAGGAAUCUGGCACCAAACGUAAGAAAGAGGAAGGCGGUGGACGUGAUGGGGAGGGUGGUGAACGCGAUGGACAUGGUAGUAGGAGGUCAUCCCUGAGAGAAAGCGCAAAACAAGAAGAGUCGCGGUAUACGGGCAAUCAAAGGUCUAGCGUGCUUUCGAAUCAGGACGCGAGUAACAAGACUGACCAACAUGACCGCAUCUCACGACUCCGAAAUUCACAUAGUGGUAGAAGUGCCACUGAAAGAGAUCGGGCCGAUAAGGGAAAUGAUAGUGGCGGGCGACGAAAGGAAAGAGAGCGCGGGAAUAGUAGAGAAAGACCGAAACGACAUAAUGCACGACGUUGA